AUGGACGGUAACCGGGGAUCCCGGGUUGAUCCGACAGAAGGGCAGGCGACACGACCGACGAGGCGAUCCGACCCGACCGAGACCCGGGGCCCCCGAGGACAACGACCCGAGGCCUCGAGGAAGAACCCGCGCAGAAGCCGGCCGCCUCACCGGCGACGACGGGGCGCGGAAAGGCUCCACGACGAUUCCGACGCGCCCGGAGCGCCCCGCCACUCCGAUACCCGCCCCACCAACCGGACGCCAGAUCCGCGACCCAGCAGCCCCCGCGCUUCGCACGAGAAGACACCGCAAAGCCGGCGGAAGGUGCGGACUCAGAGCAGAGGAAGGGCCUCGCCGUCGCCGCGGCCGGGAGUGCGCGCUGCGCCCUAUUCCGUCGAGAGCGCGAGGAACAAGAGAUGGUCUACUGGGUCUUAUGGUACCGCGUCCAACCGGCGGCCAUCCCCCUUUGUGUACCACCACCCGCACGAUGCGUUUAAUAUGCACGCCCGUUUGUCGUCGCGCCACUCCUCACCCACGGUUGCGCAAGGCCAGCUCCCCUUGAGCUUCGGGAACCUCCAGGCUGCACAGCAGCAUCCGUAUCUUUACAGCAACGCGCCGGCCUUUCAACGCAACAGCAUGCUCCUACCAACCCAGCUACCGUCCCAUACCUUCCAUCCCGAAACGCACCACCAUCAAUUCGAGAAUCCUCCUCCUCUUCUUUCUCACGGCCUCUUCCGGAUGCUUCAGAGCAACGCCGACCCGCAUUCGCUCCACAGCCACUACGCUGAUCUCUCGGACCCGCCUGAUUUGUAUGCCUCGCUGCACGAAGAACAGAUUCCCCCACCGCCUGAGGACAUGAACCCGACCGACCAGGACCUCAUCCCCCAUGAGCAGGAGCUCCGGUUUGAAGGUGACCUGUACACGCCUCGGUGGGUGCGAGGACACGGAAACAAGCGGGAAGGCUGGUGUGGUAUUUGCAAGCCAGGCCGGUGGCUGGUGCUUAAGAACUCGGCUUUCUGGUACGACAAGAGCUUCACCCACGGCAUCAGCGCCGCCACCGGCAACCCCUUCCAGGAGCCGCAAGAGACGAGGCGCAUGGAUGGCAAUCCUGAUGUGUGGGAGGGCCUCUGCGGAAGUUGCAACGAGUGGAUUGCGCUGGUCAGCAGCAAGAAGAAGGGAACGACGUGGUUCAGGCACGCCUACAAGGACGCGCCCAAGCGCAGGAGGGAGAGCAGCAACACGCGCGCGCUGGCUGCGUCGACCAUGGCCAAGCCGCAGGUCGAGCCGGCCACACCGCAGAUGGCGCCCGCCGUCUCCGCUGCGGGGACGCCAACACCGGGCAAGGCUCAGGCGCCAUCCCCGAUGUCUCUGCAACCUCCGCCUCAGCAGCAGCCAGCCCAGCAGCGACCGCCGUCCCAAGGACAGCAGAACCAAAACCAACAGCCACCGCCUCCUCUACCGUCGCAGCAACUGCAGCAGCAACCGCACAUUCAACUCCAGCCUCCGCCCAUGCCCCGGAACCGCGCCAUGCCGCCGCAACUGCACACCCAAGUGGCCACAAUGCCUCCGCCGCGCUCGUCCAUCAUGAGCCCCGUCGGGCCCAUCCCCGGCGUGGACGGGUUCCCGAAUAUGAUUUGA